CACGAUUUCACGUAAAUUCACGCAAUUCAUUAAAAUUCGUUAUAUCUGGCAUCGCUGUCUGUGGAUCAUCUAUUUUUGUCUGUUGGGAAUAAAUCAAACAUCUGCAGUUUAAAAAAAUCGUAAAAGGGUAUUGAAUAUUGUCUUUGCUAAUAAUUUUCAGUAUCAAUAAAAAAAAGAAACAGUGGUUUUGGAAGAAAAAUUUAUGAUGGCAGAUUCCUCUGAAAUCAAACUUAAAUCUACACCAGGAGAUGGGAUUUCGGCAGUUCGUUUCUGCCCUAAUUCAACCCCGUAUCUUUUAGUUUCUUCUUGGGAUGGUUCUGUACGAUUGUAUGAUUGUUUCACAAACAAUCAAAGGUUACGUUACAAUCAUGACCGUGCUGUCCUUGAUGCCUGCUUUCAGGAUACCAUACAUUCUUUGAGUGGAGGCCUUGAUGGUGUUUUGAAAUUGUGUGACCUGAACAGUAAUUCAGAAAGCAUUUUGGGUAUUCAUCAGGAUUCAAUCAGAUGUGUUGAAUAUUCAACAGCUGUUAACCAAGUUUUUAGUGGAAGCUGGGAUGCUUCCAUCAAAUCUUGGGAUCCAAGAUCAAAGGCAUGUUUAGGCACACAUAUGCAAGGAGACAGUGUUUACACUAUGGCUCUGAAUGAAGAGAAAUUGGUUGUAGGUACUGCUGGAAGAAGGACUUUAGUUUGGGAUCUCAGAAACAUGAGCACUGCUCUUCAAAAGAGGGAGUCAAGUCUGAAAUAUCAGACUAGGUGUAUCAAAUGCUUUCCUAGUAGACAGGGAUUUGUUUUGAGCAGUAUUGAAGGUCGAGUAGCAGUAGAAUACUUUGAUCCUAGCCCAGAAGUGCAAAAGAAAAAAUAUGCUUUCAAGUGUCAUCGGAUCAAGGAAGGAGACAUCGAGUGUUGUUACUCAGUUAAUGCUAUCAGCUUUCAUUGUGGCUUCAACACUUUUGCAACUGGAGGAUCUGAUGGUCAUGUUAACAUUUGGGAUGGCUUCAACAAAAAGAGACUUUGUCAGUACCGUCGAUAUCCCACAUCUAUAUCUUCACUCUCGUUUAGCUUUGAUGGUUCUCUUCUGGCUAUUGCUAGUUCUUACAUGUAUGAACAAGGAGAACCGUCAUCUGCCGGGAGCCCAGAAGAUGCUAUUUACAUACGCAAGGUCCAAGAACACGAAGUUAAACCAAAAUAGUUUGGCACGCAAUACGUUUCCAAGUUUGGCUUGUUCAAUAAUACUAUGAUCAUUAUUUUUUUUUUACUGUAGGUCUGUAGUUGUCAUUGUCGAAUGAAAGAUGACCGAAUACAUGGCUUUUUU